CUCGUUUUGCUUUCCGGUGUCGACGAAAAAGAAAUGUACUCAUGUUUGACCCAAACAUCGAUGCACGAGAAGAAAAAUGAUGUAGUUCUGUUGAGUUUAUUGUGGGUUCGCUGUCGUGUGUGGAAGUGCAGUUGCAGUAAUUAUUGUCUGCUACCUGACUAGCAAGCUAGUAGAAUGAAAACACUACAGAGAAAGCUCGUGUCACCCGUGAUUCAUUCGUUUUAACAAGCUUUAGCACCAUGUCACUUUGCCACAAAUCUUACACAUGGUGCUGUCUGCGCACUCUGGUGUCUCACAGAGGAUUUCAGUGUCUAACAGCAGUCAGAGACAGACCGGUUGGACUCCGGCAGCAUGCCGCUAUCAACAGAUGUUGCUCGACGGUUCAGGGCGAAGUGAGGGUUAGGUUUGCUCCCAGUCCCACAGGCUUCUUACACCUUGGAGGUCUCCGAACUGCUCUCUACAAUUAUAUCUUUGCAAAAAAGUAUGAAGGUGUUUUUGUCCUCCGACUGGAAGACACUGAUCAAAGCAGACUGGUACCAGGAGCUGCAGAAUCCAUAGAGGACAUGCUGGAGUGGGCUGGUAUACCUCCAGAUGAGAGCCCUCGUCGAGGGGGGGCACUGGGUCCAUACCUGCAGUCUCAGAGAUUAGAGCUCUACAAUCAAAUAGCCCAGCAGCUUGUUGAAAGUGGACAUGCCUACUAUUGUUUCUGCAGCCCUCAGAGGCUGGAACUACUAAAAAAAGAGGCUUUAAGAGCUGGGCAGACUCCAAGGUAUGACAAUCGGUGUCGCCACCUGCGACCUGACCAGGUCCAGGAAAAGCUGGCUCAGGGACUCUCGCAUGUGAUCAGGUUUCGUCUGGAAGCUGGCGUUGAGCCUUUUCAGGAUUUGAUCUUUGGAUGGAAUCGUCAUGAGGUGGCACAGGUGGAAGGUGACCCUGUUGUGAUGAAAGCUGAUGGUUUUCCCACCUACCACCUCGCCAAUAUAGUAGAUGAUCAUUACAUGAAGAUCAGCCAUGUACUGCGGGGAUCUGAGUGGCUCAUCUCCACCUCUAAACAUCUCCUCAUGUAUCGGGCUCUUGGAUGGCAGCCGCCCACUUUUGGACAUCUGCCACUUCUGAUGAAUAAAGAUGGGAGUAAGUUGUCGAAGCGACAGGGGGACAUUUUCAUUCAGAGCUUCCAGAGAGAUGGGGUCCUACCAGAGGCUCUGCUGGAUAUCACAACCAACUGCGGGUCUGGAUUCAACACCAAUCGAAUGGGGCGGAGGAUACAUGAACUGAUUUCUGAGUUUAAUCCUUCAAAGAUCACAACUCAUUCUGCUUUGUUAGACCUGGAAAAACUACCAGAGUUCAACAGAAUCCACCUGCAGCAGCAAAUCGAAGAUGAGGAGCGGUGUCAUUUCUUGAUAAAAGACCUGCAGGAGCAAAUCCAGCAGGCCUACACAGGAGAGAUCCAGGACAAAGAAGUGCUACAUGAGGAUUAUAUCAAGCGGGUUCUGCAUCUCCGCAAGGGUCAUGUAUCCUCCCUGAAGGAGCUUGUGAGCCCAGCUUAUGCUUACUUGUGGGUGCGUCCUUCCUUCUCCAGCCAGCAGGUGGCAACACUCACUCCAGAGGCCCAUCUCAUUGCUUCACUAGUGCUGAAGUUAAUCAAAGAACGAGAUGAGGAGCUGACGGUGGGCGGACUCAGUAAAGACCUGAAGACUCUGGCAAAGCAGACUAAAGUCACCAAGUACGGAGAAGUGAUGAAGCUCUUACGUCUGGCUCUCAGUGGGCUGCAGCAAGGUCCCAGUGUUGCUGAGAUGAUGGUGUCUCUGGGUCCUGCAGAGAUCAGACAUCGAUUCCUAAAGUUUCUGCAGCUUUCAGAUGCUAGUUGAAGGAGAUCUCCUUUUAUCCACCUCACUGACUGGAGCCAGAAGAGAUCCACUGUUGUUGGACUUUUGCCUGUAUGAUGAGAACUACAUACAUGACACGUGGUUAUUCUGCCACAGCCAAAAUGAACUUAUAUGUUGAAUACUACUCAUAUUGUUGCAAAUAUUUUAUAAAAGAGUUCAGAACUAA